AUGAUCAUCCUUAAUCAUUUCUUCCAAAAGUUGCUUUACCACCCGCUGAGCGAGGUGAGACACUGCAUUGCGCCAUUACUCUUCAGCAAGGAUGGCACAUACACACAUGCUUCUGAGCUGGGAAACAAAGUGAUCCCAGCCGAUCCCAGCCACGUGGAGGCAGCUCUCCGAGAACAUCUGAAGGUCACCAUCCCUGAUCUUACCCUCAAGGGACAAAUGAAGAUGAAUGCCAGCAGCAUUGUUGUGCAGGGUAUCACACCUGCAGGCAAUGCAAAGGUCUACAUAGCCAAACAAGAGACCCUGAAUGACAUCUUGCAGACGAAUGCCACCGACAGUGACUGUGAAAGGUUUCAAGAGAUCAUCAAAAUAGUGGCUCUGUGUCAAGACAGGGAGUCCAUUGCCAAGCUGCAAAUGUGCAGUGCCUGUGGAGUGCCUCCACUGUACAUGAUAGAAGAUGGGAACCCACUCUUGGCUUUCCUGCAGGAAAAAAGAAAUAAACUUACGCAAUCCGUUAUAAUAGGUAUUUUAAAAGAUAUUGCCAGAGCUGUUGGGUCAUGUCACCAGAAAAGGGUCUUACUUUGCAACAUCACUCCAGCCAGCUUCAUUGUGGUCUCAGGUGGACGACAAGGAACCAGAGCACUUCCAGUGCAGGUCAAGCUGUCUGAUUUCUUCCAGGCCAGGCUGGUUCCCCCAGAGGAUGAGAGAUACUAUUCAGCUUCUGAUUCUCCCUAUGAAACCAUCAAAUCUGGGCAGCUCAGAGGAGACAGUGAGGAGCCACUGUCCAUAUAUUUCAGUGCUCCCGAGUCCCUGCAGUGUCACGUCUUCUCUACUUUCUCCGAUGCAUGGGCUGUUGCUGCGACAUUUUACUCCAUUCUUCUGUACGGUGGGCAAACGUACUUUGAGCUCAGGUACUUGCCUGUGUCCAGAUUCAUAGCAGAGAUCUGUAGUGGGCACAGGGCACAAAGACCAGACUCAAUUCCUCUGAAACUGUGGGAUGUGAUAGCCUCCAACUUGGAGCCUGAUGAGAUGAAGCGUACAUCCAUGGAAGCACUGGUAGAGCACCUGGAAGACUACGGGAGGACCCUGGGGUCAGAUCUGGACAAGCCACAUGAGGUAAUAAGCCAGUUCUCUCCCAUCGGCGAGGAAGAUAUUAUACGGGGCUACCUUGACAGCAAAGGCAACUUCAGGAAGAAUGAUCAACCCAACGUAUUUCCAGAGAAGUAUGAAGACACUGUUGAGCAAAAGGACGACUGCUUGCAUGAGUUGGUGUCAUUCAGAAUGAACCAUAUGACCAAGAUGGCCCUUCAGGCACUACAGCAUGAGAACAUACUGCCGGUAAAAGAAAUCAUGCACUACUUCCCCAUGACCACCACACUGAUAUCCAAGCCUCUUGAUGGCAACCCAAAGUCCCUAACAGAAGUUGCUGCAAGUCCUGGCAUGGAUGAUGUUAAACUUCUCACUUGCCUGGAGCAAGUUGCUUCUGCCAUGGCAUAUCUUCAUUCCAGGAGGAUCAUACACUGCGACCUACAGUGCAGUUACAUUCACAUUAACUUUGGUCACAGUUGCCCAGAGGUGAUGGCAAAAGUUGGUCGCUGGGGAAGAGCAGUCUGCCUGCCAUAUCCAGGGGCAGACGACAACCUCUUUGAGCCUUACGUGCGCAAAGUUAUGCCAGCUGACACAGCCAAGUGGGCUGCCCCAGAAGUGAGAAAUUUUGGGCUCUAUUCCCGAGCAUCAGAUCACAGUUGA